AUGACAGACUGGCUUUUCAAGGUGCAAAUUGCUAUGGGAGUGCUUUACAACAACUUCGAAAAGCUCUCCAAUCUGAAGUUACAGACGUCAGUCCUUGCAGAUGGGAGAUGGCUAGUCCGACCCUGGGACGAGACUUCAAAUAGUACACAUUCUCGAUUAUUCGACGAAGGCUUUGCUUUGGCGAGACUAUUGCAAGAAUUUGAUGACGCAAACCUUGCUAGCGUCGGUACCAGCAUCUCGACACUGUCACAUUGCCUACAACUCGCCCUCGAUAUGCAUACCGAACUAGAAAAAUGGUAUGAUGAAUUCCUUACCAGUUCACCAUCGCCUUCGUAUUGGCCGACACCACCAUCUACCUUUACCAUAGCUCAACGAGAAUUCGCGGACUCGGGCCCAGGAGGGCUUCCGUUGCUUUGUUAUCCAAACCUCAUGGUGGCAAGCAAUACCGUCACUCUCUGGGCCCUGAAGCUUGUUCUCAGCAGUGAGAUCGCUACUAUAUGCCAAAUCAUCUUAUUAACCAAUCGCAAAGCUCGUGCCGACUCUACCGCUACAGAUCCUACUGCGUCUCUCAUGCUGACCUCAAUGGCCCAACGCACAGAGGACCAACACAGCGAAGAACAACGUAUGACUCUAGCAAUCGAUAUCGCACGCUCGUUGCCUUACUGCCUCAACCGAACCACGGGCCUGCUAGGCCCCAGGAGAGCCUUCUUCGCUUUACGCACAGCAAUGGCUACGAUUCGACGCAGUCCGGGCCCAGAAAUGGAGUGGGGCCGGGCAGCUAUUGCGAGGAUGGAAACCAAGUCAACCCUCCUGGAGCGAUGCAGCUCCAUCCAUACUUCCCUGGGUCUUGCGGAUAUGAGGGACUCGUAA